AUGCCUUCCACCACCAUCUCUGUUGAGCAAAUCACUCAAUUACUAGAUCCAGAACAGAAAAAGACCACUGUACCGACAGCAUUUGGUAAUAUGAUCUUAGAGAUUCAAGGUGACCUAGAUAUACCUGAUAUUGAGCCCACCGCAGAAGAGAUUACUAAUUCUAAUACAGAGGUUCAAUUCAAUACAUAUAAGGGUGAAAACAUUAUACGGUUUGGUCUAUUGAAUAUCAGCGAGGACAAGAAGCAUGCAACGUUAUAUAUUGGUAAGAAACAACGUCUAUUAGGUACAGUUGUAGAACUAGAGACACCAUUAGGUCUAUUGAAGUUCAAUUCACAGGACGGACAAGUUGAUCUAUGUGAUAUAAUACAAUAUAAAGUGUUAUUUAAGGAUAGACCAUUACCUAUCAUGUAG